AAAAAUGUGACAGGCACACAAACCAUCAAACUUUUCACACCACACGAAAAUGUCACUGCACCAUGCACAGGACGAACAGGGAACUAUCGUAGCAACAGGAAGAAACCAUUACGAUAUUUACAUUCGUAAUGGUAGCCCAAGAAUACUUAAUCUACGCUAGCGUUUUUUUUCUGUCGCUGGUCAAAAUUGUUAGUUAUUACACGGUGAAACGGCGAGCAUCAAUGUACAACAAAUCGGGGUCAGUUUUGACAAGCAUCCCGGAGACCAGUGAAGAAGAAGAGGUGAAGAAAUGGGUGCCAAAGAAGAAACAUGACGUGCUCAAAGCGAAAUACAAGUGCUUGAAGAAGCUAUUCCAAGUGUAUGAUGCAAGUGUUAUAGGUAUCUUACCGGAGCCUUGCGCUGCAGAGACGGAAUACAGAGACGUAGAUGACUCAAGCAGCCGCAGCCGCUGUCGACGUAAACGGUCGCAUCGGACAAAGACCGACGCCUGCGCUGGUACCACGGAGCUCACCAGCGGAGAUGUCACUGAAGUAGAAGAUAUUGGCAAGCCAUCCACAGUGGCCACGGCGGUGAUACGCGAAUUGAAAAUACCCCAAUGCUCCUGCACAUCCACGCAGCUAGAUGCAGCGACAACCACCACAAUAGCCCAUUCGAAAUUAGACCGUUACGCUACCACGGAAAACUCAAAAUCGAAUAUAACCGAGCAAGAUUACAAGGGUAGCGAGGUAGCUCAAACCUUAGACAGAUCUCCUUACCCAGUCCCUUAUUUGAUGGUACCUGAUAGACCAAAGCUUACAAGAUUUCAAUGCUUCAUCCAACGCAUCUUUGGGAUUAAAAGAGAAAGGUCUUAUAAGAAUUUGGUGCCGCUACACGGGCACGUUUACGCAGCGAGUGACAACAAUAUCCUGCCGUAUGAAAAACGCAGACGCAGAGGUUUGAGGUUCAGAAAGUUGAGAAGACCGAAGAAGAUUCAAUCUGAGAGCGCUCUCAAUGUAAAAAGUCCGAUGAUCUUGACUUAUGUGCAGUCGGUGCAGAAGAACUGCUUGAUGGACACUACGCCAAGGCAGUGCCCUAUAUUGGGGUGUAGGAUGAUAUUCUACGGUAUCAUCAACUACAACGACCAUCUCAACCUGUGUCACUUUACCGAACGCAAGCAUAUCUGCCACUACUGCCACGAAGGAUUCGAGAAGGAGCAGGAGAAAUACAUGCAUGAGAGCGAACAUAUAGGCAUAAACAAGCUCAGUCUUCCCAACGUAGCCACUGCCAGGCAAAGAGUAGCAAGCAUUACACAGACAGACCCAGAGCUCACGAAAUGCGAUGUAGCAGAAGACAAGUUAAAGAAAAUUGUAUCCUUCUUCGAUAAACUGGCUAAUCCAGACCAGAUUGUGACGGAAAUGAAGAAGAAGAGAUACUCUGAAUCCAAUAUCCACUGUUCACAAAGACCUAAAGAUGAUUGUAGUGAAAAUGCGUCUACCAAUUCGGAGACUGAUAAGAGAACUGUGAGUUGUGUCAGUCUGCAUGGAAAGAAGAAGGUGGCUACUCCUGUGGAUUCGCGGUUGGCUUCCAAACACUCUUGCAGCAGUAACAACCCAGUGACUUGCCAGCUGUGUGGGGACAGUUUUGAUUAUAGACGUCAGUUAAGCCUCCACGUUGACUUGGAACAUCGAGUCCACGACAAGUUUUCGAAGUUCCACAGCUGCGCUGGCAUCACAAACACCCGUCGGAGAUGCGAUCUGAUCACAGAGGACGGGAAAAUCAACUUUAAGUCUGAAGAUAUUAGGGACAAGGAGUUGAGGAGGAAAUCUGAAGAGAGUUUGACCUACGUCCCGUCUACAAACAUAGUUUGUUACACUUCCAUGGAAUCUGUUAAUUCCAAAGUCCCCAUGGGAUAUAAAUGGGAGCCUGGAACGAAGAUUAUACGUGUGUGAAUGUCUCGUGAGUCGUGACGUAACGUGGUGUAUUGUGAAGUGGCAUUUGUGUACCGUCCUAAAUAUAUUUUUAAAUUGCAUUGCCUCUUUUUAUUUGACACUAGUGGCCCGCCCUGGCUUCGCUUCAGUGUAGACUAUAGUUUUUGUUGUCAGGCUUGUAUUAUACAC